GUAGUAGAAUGCAGAAAUGUAUUAAUAUCCUUGAAUCAGGUUCAAUUAAAGGCAGCAGCAAACAGAAGUCUUCAAUCUUAUCAAAUACUAGUAGGUGGAGCAAUGGGUGUUUUAUGAAGUUUACUAGAUGCCCCAAUUCAUUUUCCAAAUGAGAAAUUGCAAUUUGUAGAAACAACUGAUGAAUGAAGAAUUAAAAAGAGUUUGUUUUAUUUAAAUCAAAUCACCUCUGCUGUAAUUAAAGGGACGGUGUGUCUCGCAGUGAGGUUACAGAGAGCGGUGUCUGAAGAGCUCUCGCUCCUCUCGCUCCUCACAGUAGCUAUAUGUUAGCAGUAACGUGCUAACAUAUAGCAUAGCUCUGAAGAGAACCUGCUCCCGAUGGAGAUAUGAAGGACUCAUUUUUAUCUCCUUCGUUUCUGCUGAUUAUACACUAAUGGAAACAUAGUUAUGAACAUUAUAGUCCAUUACCCAAAAUGCUCCACACUGGCCCUUUAAGCUAUUUUUGGAUUUAUUAAGUAACUUAACAGUAAUUCAUUUUUGACAUGCACUUUGUAUAAUUAACCAUUUUUUCUUUUCACCUGUAGUAGGUCAGCAGUGAACUGUUGUGUUAAAAUGGAAUUGGAGCAGACUAUUCACACUUCCUGUUGUCCCGUGGUCAUUAUGCACCUGUCCAAUACUCUACUGAUGUAACGUGAGAAAAGCUCCUUAAGCACUGCUUGGAAGAGAAAACACAAAGUUGAAUGUAUCUCUCCAAAGAAUCAACCGCUGGCACUGUGCAAUCACAAUGAGGCAAAAUCUUUUCCAACUAUAGUUUCAAUUUAAGAAAAUUGCUGAACACCAGAUGUAGUCCAGACAUCUCGAAUGUAAACGCAUAUAUAAUUGUGGUCAAUUUGUGCAUUUACAUAGCCUACCCUACAGUAUGUUGAACAUGUUAUGAGUUUAAAACUGUUGGACCUUUGAGUGUUGUUUCAGUGUUUGUCCUGUAGUGGGCAGUAAAGCUCCUUGAGACACUUCUACGUAAUAAAUAAACGAAGAAGACAGAACCCGGAAACUACGACAAGAUGGCGGAAUAUGAAAACACCAACGAUGUUUCAGCCGCGGAACCUUCUAAACUAUCUGACCUGCUUGAACGUGGGUGGAAGAUAUUUGAGGAGGUAGACAGUACAAACGAACCCCUCGCCUCUACCAGUAUCCAGGUCCGAGUUAAACGCGGUAUCGGUAUGCUGGAAGAAGCGUCCAGAAUGGUGGCCCUGCUCGACCUGUUCAGCCGCAAUGAAGAGCUCGAGGAGAUAGCCACGGCCGACCUGAAGUACCUGCUGCUGCCCGCUCUGUGUGGAGCCCUGACCAUGAAGCAGACCAGCCGAGACAAGCGACUAAAGAUAGUCCAGACAGCCCGGGCUUACUUCAUGGAUUUCUUGAAGCGAUGUAAAGAGUAUGACAUAUCACACUUUGAACUGCCACGCGUGACCAAUGAAAACGCAAGUCCUGAUGAGGCAUCAGAAAACGGAUCGUCUACAGCCAAGGUAACGCCUCAACCCUGCCCAUCAGACCUGGUUUCCAUGGCAGCACAGAGACAAGCUAAGAUCGAGCGGUACCGCCAGAGGAAGGAGCUGGAAGCCAGACUGUCGGAUGUACGGAGAGCUGUGGACAGCGGACAGGCCGACGAUGAAGUCAGCAGAGAUUUCUACAAUCUGAAUGUCCGGAGAUGGGUCGCUGUGUGUCUGGAGGAAAUAGAGAGCAUUGACCAGGAGGUGGAGAUACUCCAGAAUAUGGAUGGGCUGAAGCAGGGUGCCGCCAAGCAGCCAGUUCAGCCAGUCAGGCCUCCCAUGAAACCCUUCAUUCUCACCAAGGAUGCUGUUCAGGCUCAAGUGUUCGGGGCUGGUUACCCCAGCCUCCCCACCAUGACAGUAGACGACUGGUAUGAACAGCACAGGAAACGAGGAGCUAUGCCUGACCAGGGGAUUCCCACGAGGCCGGCUGUGGAGGAGGACACCGACGCAAAGGAGAGAGAAGAAGAAGAUAAAGAGAAGAAGGCUGACGAUGAUGACGAGGAGUCUCUGCUGAAAGCCAGAAACUGGGACGACUGGAAAGACACUCAUCGCAGAGGUUAUGGAAACCGCCACAACAUGGGCUAGUCUUCACUUCUAUUCUGAUCAGUCCAGGAAGUGGGCGGACACUCCUCACAUUUCUGAUCCUUAAGACUGUUGUAUGAGAAGGUCACCAAACCAAGAAACACACCACAGCAUUGCCAAACAAACCUGUUUAGUUUAGUGACAUUACAGCUGAUUUACUCAUGUCCCUGUUAGUCUUUUACAAGGUUGGGUUCGACAGUCCUUUGUGGUGUCAUGCUUUUCACUGAGUCUUAAUAGAAAUCUUCCAUAUGGAGGCCAGCCAUGACACCAAUGUUCCUGCUUUGUAGUGUGUUUUCCCCCAAUACUGUCAUCGGGAAAUAAAGAGACUGAACAAA